GUGAAAGGAUGCAAAAACGCAUUUGGUUAUGUAAAAUAUGUUAAAUUUCACCUAUUAUCAAUCAAGGAUAUGAAAAACUGCAGGGAAUGGCUGUUACGAGCAGGAAUGACGCAGGCAAAGAUCUCGGAAGUGACAUUUUUGCGAAUGAAAAACUUGCGAAUUUGCUCAGCACAUUUCCCGUCUGCACGUCGGCCUGGCGAGCCAUUUGUGCCAACAAUAGGCAUUCCAGUUUACGAGAGAAGAUUAGCAGCUGAAAUCCUUCUGAACAUGAAUAAUGUUGCGACUGCUUCAACAUGUACAACAACAAGUGGAACUAGUACCGAGUCUUCACAAGCUGGCCCAACUUCAUACUCGGGUUCCCAGGAGAGUGACCAAAUUUAUUCAACACAAAGUAGCAAUACCGGUCAGUCAACCUCGCAGAUGAAAAAUGAUUAUGAGAUGAAUCUACCAGAUUGUUUCAUCACAGCCAACCUUGGUCCCCUGGUCAGAAACACACAAAGUACAGAGACAUUAGACGAGCAAAUUGAGGAUGAGGACAUGUUGUAA